AUGAUCAUCAAUACCAAUGAUCAGAUAAGCAAACUCCCAAAUGAUGUUUUGGUAAAGAUCCUAGGGAGAAUGACUAUGGUAGAUGCUGUGAGGACAAGCGUUCUAGCGCGACGAUGGGAAAAUGUAUGGAAGGAGACGUCUCAUCUCUCGUUGGACAUGAGAUGGAUCGCUAGAGCCAGAAGCCUUUUGUCCGAUGUUACUCCUGAAGCCGCUAAAUCGGUGACUAAGGUCAUAAAGGAUCACCGUGGCAAUUUGGAAAGCUUCACACUCUUCCAUGAGCCAUGCCAAUAUGAACAAGGGAUGUUCGAGGCUUGGAUUCAAUCACUGAUUCAUGAGAAACUCACCAAGCAUCUCAUGCUUGUAAACUGCCGGUCGGAACAAAACACAAAACAAAAUAUCCCACUCAACUUGCCCCCAAAGUCAUUUUCCCAUCCAAACCUCCAUUCACUAAUGCUAAGUCAGUACGACUUAGAAACUCCACAUGCUUUCAACAGCUGUUGGAAUAUAAAAACUCUCAAACUCAUUGGCAUAUCCGCCGAGAUUGAAGUCUUUAAUGUAGUCCUUGUAUCCUGCGUUUCCCUCGAAGCUCUUGUGUUAAAGAUCAGCUGCCACAAAAGAAGUGGUAUUCUCAAGAUUGAGAACCGCAAAUUAAAGUUCUUACAUCUCUCUUGUUCUGAUCAGAUUGAUGGCCUAGAAGUGUCUUCACCUGGUGUGGAUAUCUUUUCAAUUGAAUCUCUUUCGAGUGACGUGGAUAAGGUCGUCAUUGCAAACCCUAGAAUCAAGUUCAGUAGAAACUAUUGGACGACAGGAACAAAUUUCCCUCACAUAAGCUAUAAUAUCUCAUGCCCCGAUCAGGAGGAAAAAAGCGUUGGACAUGAAUUCAUGAUGAGCAGACCAAGUGACUAUAUGAAAAGGUUUGGAUCGAUGUCAGUGAGUGUAGACUUGACUAAUACAAAAGAAGUUGAGAUGCUUAAAGAUGUUUUAGUUGCAUGGCCUGUAGAAAUGGUAGAACUUGAGAUCAAGUUUAAGAAUAACAGUACUCCUCAGAAUGAAGGUGAGUCUUCGAUUGGAGGAACAUGGAAGAAGUUUUGGGAAGGGACAAAACCGUUUCCCAACGCUAACUUCCGUGCAUAUAAUAUAUGGCUGAUUAACUUCAGCGGUUCAAAAGAAGAGUUUGCGUUCGCCUCGCGUUUGAUAACGCAAGGUACGGUGGCUAGGACUAUGGUGAUCAAACUGUCGCCGGUUUCUCCAACUAAGAAGUCUGAGCUAAAAGCAGCAGUGGCUAGGCUAAAGGAACUUCCAAAAGGUCACAGGGAGCUUGGUAUACUUGUGAGCUGA